UUUUAAAAAAUUAAAACCGAGUAAUUUGCGAUUAAUUAAUUAAAUAUGAAGUAAAAGAAGAUACUCAACGCUACAAUGAAGGAAACUAUACUAUCGACUUGUGAAAAAACAUUCCUCGUGAAUGCUCUCGAUGAAAACUUGAGAUUAGAUGGUCGAGACUUCAAAGAUUACAGAGACAUCUCGAUCCAUUACGGUCGAGAAUGGGGAAAUUGUCUGGUUACCAUUGGCGAAACAAGGGUCCUGGCUCAAGUAUCUUGCGAUAUUCAACAACCCAAAGCAUCCAAACCGAACGAAGGAUUGCUUCAUGUGACCGUAGAAAUGAGUAUGGCAGCUUUACACUACGAACAAGGUCGUCAAUCCGAUAUCAGUGUCCAAGUGAAUAGACUUCUAGAGAAAUGCUUAAAAGAAUCGAAAUGCGUUGAUCUCGAAGCUCUAUGUAUCGUAGCUGAAGAAAAAGCUUGGAAUAUUAGAAUUGAUUUAAAUGUAAUGAAUUACGAAGGUAACUUGGCCGGAUGUUGUUCUAUAGCUGCUUUAGCCUCCCUGGCACAUUUUAGACAUCCGGACGUUACUUCGACUGGAGAAAAAGUCAUUGUUCAUUCGCAUUCGGAGAAAGCUCCCAUACCUAUUAAUUUACAUCAUUAUCCUGUUAUCGUAUCGUACGCUUUGUUUAAUAAUGGCAAAUAUAUUCUAAGCGAUCCAACUUAUUUGGAGGAACGAGUAGCCGAUUCAUUACUUCUACUCAGCGUCAACAGUUAUCGAGAAUUCUGUGGUAUGCAUUUCGAAGGCGCUCCAUUACCCUCCUGCGAUGUAGUCAUUAAAUGUUCCAGAGAAGCCUCCGAUGUAGCUAUUUGGUUGGUUAAAAAAAUCAAAGAUGCUUUAGCCGAUGAUCUAAAGAAAAGAUCUGAGCAGAAAUCUGUAUCAGGGUUAACGGAAUCUCUCAACUUGGAUCAUAUACUUUCGACGAUUCAAGAAAAUUUGAAAAUACCUCUAAAACCAGAUACCGUUAAAGCAGAGCCUCAUGAAAUGCCCGAAACACGAGAUAUUAAAAUGGAAAUGGAACUCGAUAGCGCCGAAAGUGACGAUGAAUCAGAGGUCGAAGGCACUCGUGAUGCUGAAUAUGUUAUUAUGAAUAUUGGAAGUAGAACGGCUGAACUUGUAAAGAAAGAAGAAGCUGAUUCUGAAGCGAGUGUAGAAGAGGAAGAGGAAGAGGACGAUGAUGAAGAGAGCGAAGAUGACGAUGACGAUGAUGAUGAUGAAGAUGAAGAUUCCAGUGAGGAUGGAGACGACGACGAUGUCGAAAUAAUCAGGGAAAUCAAACCAUCAGAAAGUAUCGCAGAAAUAAAUUUGAGCGGCGAUAGCGAAGAAGACGACGUAGUAGUGCUCGAAUCGAAAUACAAAAAAUAACAUCCGCAAUUUUUAAUAAUUUUGUAUUUUAUAAAAUAAUUUACCGUGUACAAAAAAUAAAUAAAAAAAGGGUAAAAAUUA